GUUUUUCGUUGUACGUAAUCCCUUCUGUCAAAGCCCUAGGCCCUUUUAUUUUUCAAAUUUACUCCCUUUUAGAGGGUUCUAGGGUUUAUGUCGCAGUAUUGGUUUUUGAUCUUGUUUUCGUCCUUCAGAUGUACAAGGGUUUAGGUCUGUUCUUACUACUUAGAGCUCGAGUUGCUGUAUAUUGAGAGGCAGGUCGAUGAUGGCAUCGUUUACUUAUUUUCCUUGUUGAAAUGCAAUUUCCCUAUCACGCGGCUGAUUUCUUGGGGUUUUCGAGAUGGACGGAAGGCGGAUUUCCGUCAGCCCUCGCCCUUGCUGUGGUCGCCGGAUUUUGGCUAAGAAACGCCCGCUAGUUGAUGGAUUUGUCAACAGUGUGAAGAAGUUGCAGAGACGAGAGAUAUGCUCAAAGAGAGACCGUGCUUUUAGUAUGAGCAAUGCCCAAGAACGUUUUAGGAAUAUACGUUUGCAGGAGGAAUAUGAUACUCAUGAUCCCAAGGGACAUUGUUCCUUGAUACUACCUUUUCUGAAGAAGAGAUCAAAAAUUAUUGAAAUAGUGGCAGCCCGUGAUAUCGUUUUUGCUCUUGCACAAUCUGGUGUUUGUGCAGCUUUUAGCAGAGAGACAAACCAGAGGAUAUGCUUUCUAAAUGUGAGCCCUGAUGAAGUCAUCCGAAGUUUGUUUUACAAUAAGAACAAUGAUUCACUUAUUACAGUUUCAGUUUACGCAUCAGACAACUUCAGUUCUUUAAAAUGCAGAACUACAAGGAUUGAAUACAUCCGGAGAGGUAAACCUGAUGCGGGUUUUGCUCUUUUUGAGUCCGAGUCGCUGAAGUGGCCGGGGUUUGUAGAGUUUGAUGAUGUAAAUGGAAAAGUUCUCACUUACUCUGCACAGGAUAGUGUGUACAAGGUAUUCGAUUUGAAAAACUACACAAUGCUGUAUUCUAUAACGGAUAAGAAUGUUCAAGAAAUCAAGAUCAGUCCUGGUAUAAUGUUGUUGAUAUUUACAAGAGCUAGUAGCCAUGUUCCACUCAAGAUUUUAUCGAUAGAGGAUGGCACUGUUCUUAAGGCUUUCAAUCAUCUGCUACAUCGAAAUAAGAAGGUGGACUUCAUAGAGCAAUUCAAUGAAAAACUUCUUGUGAAGCAAGAGAAUGAGAAUCUUCAGAUUCUUGAUGUUCGUAACACCGAGCUAACAGAAGUAAGCAGAACUGAGUUCAUGACUCCUUCAGCCUUUAUCUUUUUGUAUGAGAAUCAAUUGUUCUUGACAUUUAGAAAUCGGACUGUGGCUGUUUGGAACUUCCGAGGAGAGCUUGUAACUUCAUUUGAAGAUCACCUCCUAUGGCACCCUGAUUGUAACACAAACAACAUUUAUAUCACAAGUGAUCAAGAUCUUAUUAUUUCUUACUGCAAGGCUGAGUCAGAUGAUCCAUCAGUGGAAGGAAAUGCUGGUUCGAUCAACAUCAGCAAUAUCUUGACUGGGAAGUGCCUUGCUAAAAUACGUGCUACUAGCAGCAGCAACAGCAGUAGCAGCAGCAAUCAAGCUGAUUGCAACAUCAGUGGCAACUUGAAGAAGCGGUUAUAUGUCUCCAGGACUAGGAAUCCUGUCGCAGAUGCUUUAGAAGAUAUAACUGCACUCUUUUACGAUGAGGACCGCAAUGAGAUCUACACCGGUAACAGGCAUGGUUAUGUUCAUGUAUGGUCUAACUGAAGACGAGAUGUUGCAUCUAUAUUCCUUUCUGGAUCCAAUGACAGUUACCCCAAAGGUCAUCAUUGGGCUAGCCACCAUUCUCGGGAGAAUUUUGUGUCAAUGUAUCAGUAAGUGUUGUAGUUGAUCUGUUUGUUUGAAUUCAUUUAGUUCAUGUAGUUAUCUUAACCCCCUGUUUUGU